UUGUUUGCCUAGUCUCUGGCGUCUUGUCUUAUUUCCCGCAGUCCAGUCACUGAAAGAGGUCAACUUGUUGAGUUCACUGCUUUGGCAUGGAUGAUGGCAGAACAUGGGCACUCAGCGCAAAAACCUAGUUAGUUAUAAAUACAGUCGAAAGCCAUUGUCUCGCGAUAUUCUCCAAUGAAUGAGCGCCUGCACGGACACGCUGAUGUUACACAAGUUGUUUGGUAACACUCAUGUGUUAAACCCCCGUAUUCCGUUUCCUAUUUGCAACAACCUUGAACAGGUCUCAGUAAAUCGGUGAAUUUUUAACCUAUUCAAUACAAAUUAACACCAAACCUGCUAAUUCAGCAAGUGUCUGAGCCGCUAGCACGGGUGCGCCUGUUAAACUAACAAAAUGCCCGAGGGACCGGAGCUCCACCUGGCCAGUCGUUUUGUCAACAGGAUGUGCGAUGGAGUUGUGUUCACAGGGCCGGUUAUAAAGUCAGAGGUCAGCAAGAGUCCUGAUGUGGCCUUCACCUGUGAUGCCUACCGCAUCAUGGCCACCUCCAGAGGGAAGGAAGUGAAGCUCACACUCACACCCAUGAAAAGUGAUGAUAACAAGCAGCGAGUCAAGGGAGGGCAAGCCGACCAGCCCAUGGACAUUGUCUUCCGCUUUGGGAUGUCAGGGUUUUUCCGCUUCACCACAGAGGAUGAGCUGCCGAAGCACUCCCAUCUGCGUUUCUUUUCCAACGAGAAGCCCUGCAGAGUGCUGAGCUUUGUGGAUGCACGAAGGUUUGGCAGUUGGCAGCCCAAUGGGACCUGGCAGCCUGACAGAGGGCCCUGCAUCAUGUUUGAGUACAAGAGCUUCAGGGAGAAUGUGAUGUCAAACCUGUCCGACCGUGCUUUUGACCGGCCCAUCUGUGAAGCUCUGCUGAAUCAGAAAUACUUCAAUGGUAUUGGGAACUACUUGAGGGCUGAAAUUCUAUUCAGGCUGAACAUCCCACCCUUUGUGCAGGCAAGGACAGUACUGGAAGGCCUUGAAACAGAAGACCUACGGGAGAGUGAGAAGCCUGUGAAAGGGGAGAUCAGAGACGCAAAGACCUUAAACACAACCGUGAAGAAGAAAGUGAAAGUAGAGACAGCUGACCUGCUUAGGUUGUGUCACACGGUCCCGCUGGAGGUGGUGAACCUAGGCGGAAAGGGCUAUGAUCCUGAGAAGGCGGACUACUCUGCUUUUGAAGCAUGGUUGCAGUGUUACUACGUGGAUGGGAUGAAAUCUAUAAGGGACCAUAAUGGUAGAACAAUGUGGUUCAAGGGAGAUCCAGGCCCAAUGGCACCUAAAGAUGCAAAAUCACCAAAGGCCAAAAAGAGAUCAAAAAAGUCCGAUGAUCAUGAUUAUACCGGCAAGAAAAAGGUGGCCAAGGGUCGCUCUGAAAGCAAGAUAAAAGAAAAUGUGGUAAAACAGGAAACGGGGACAAAAAAGCCGAAGAAAGAAAAGGAUGGAUUUCAGAAGGAGACAGGAUCCAGGAGACGGAAGUCUGAGCGGGACGGCAAGGAAGUCAACACACCUCAGGGCAAAAAAAAACCUACUGCACGUAGCAGGAAGGGCAGCAUUGCAGAGGGAGCUGCAGGUCAACAGCGGCGGAGUGAGAGAGUGACCAGACAGUCCAGCAAGUAAACACAUACACUCCUCUCAGACAAGACAAGACACUACUGUAUGGGACCAUUUUUACCAGUUUUUAUACACUGAAAUAUAUAUAUUUUUAAAAACAAAUAAAAUGUUUUUACAAGAGCUA